CCCCACAUAACCAGCUUACAAUCACGUGGCUGUUCCGGUUUCCGGAUCUCUCUUCAACGGCAUCGCCUUCAUCUGUGAACCCAAAUUGUCGUCUUCCAGGAUUUUGGCCACGCCGCAACGUGAAGCCGCUGGCCGUUCUUCUAGGCAAAUCAAGUUAAUACUGAGAUCUGUUAGACAUCGUGUCCCAGGAUGCUACUUCAAAUACUCCGGGCCCUUCAAGGGCUCGAGGCCUCCACUAUCGCCCUCGCAGUCAUAACCCCCGUCCUGCUGAUGAGCCUUGGCCUGGCUCUCAUCGUCUACAAUGGAGAUGCAGCUUCCACGCGCAGAAAGCUGAGGCACCUGCGGGAUAUCAGCGUGCGCAAGAGCAACAUGGCGGACCAGUUCGACCGCAAGUACGCUGCGCCAGAGGCUACUAAAACGACUGGACCGGUCCGGAUCAAGUCCAUCUACCUCCACCCGAUCAAGUCGUGCGGCUUUGUCGAGGUGAGCCGGGCCCUUCUCACCAAGACCGGGUUUCUGUAUGACAGGUGCUUCGCGCUGGCCACGGAGGCCGCCGACCCCGAUACCGGAACAGUGUUGUGGAAGUUCAUCAGCCAGCGCACCAAGCCCCAGAUGUGCCACAUCCAGACGGAGAUCUGGGUGCCGCGCGAGGACGCCGAUCGGAGCGACCCGCUGGUCCAGGCCGGCGGCUGUGUCGUCGUGACGUUCCCGGACCCGGAUCCCUCGUCUUGGGUACAGCGGCUCGAGGCGUUCUGGGAUCCCUCAGCAGCCCCCAAGGUCUCAUGCGUCGUGCCUCUGCAGCCCACGCCUGCCCUGGCAGACGAAUACGACAUCAACCUCAGGACCUUCGGCAUCCAUGCGCGCGACGCUAGCGGCCUCGACAUGGGCAAGAUCCCCGCCGUCGCCGCCGUGCUGCCGAAGCUGAAGAGGUUCCUGGCGAUCCCCGAGAACCGGGGCCUCACGCUCACGCGGUGCACCCCGGAGACCCUAGUCCGCACCGACAAGAACCUGGCGCCGCUCGAACACAUCGGCUCGCCCGCGGUUCACGGUUACACCGACCAGCAGCCCGUCAACAUCAACAGCCUGUCCUCCGUCCACGCCGUGUCCGCCCUCCUGCCCGCCGAGAACCGGCCCCUGAACGCCCUCCGCUUCCGGGCGAACCUCUGGAUCACGGGCGCGCCGGCGUUCGCGGAGGAGUCGUGGAAACGUUGCCGGAUACUUCCCGGGAGGCCGCCGAGCGGGGCUUUUAAGCCGGAGCCGGAGCCGGAGCCGCGGGCUGCCGUGUCGCCGAAGCUGUCCGUCGUCUGCCGGACGUCGCGGUGCACCAUGCCCAACGUCAACCUCGAGACGGCGACCUUCGACUCGGACGCGCCGUCUGCGGAGAAGAAGAAGGGCAAGCCGCAGCCGAGCACGACGCUGAUCGAGCACCGCACCCCGGAGACGGGGAACCCCAAGGCGCUGGGGUACAUUGGGAUGCAUUGCGUGCCUGAAGAUGCGGACCUGAACGAGGCGGAGAGCCAGGGCAAGGGGCUGUACGUCCAAGUCGGCGACGAAAUUGAGGUCCUUGAGACGGGGUCGCAUUUGUAUGGGGCCACUGGCAACGACUACUAGAGGGGUUGGCUGGUAGAGAGAGGCGUAGUCCCAGGACAGCCAGGGCAUGAUAUCGAGCGUGAAAUGGUGUGAACUGACCAGCCAAGCACACUGGCAUCCCAUGAGAUCGUAUGCUCUGGCUGGUCCUGCAGAGAUCUAUUGCUUUUCGUGGCUUGUAUCUUCCAAAUGUCUUCCGCUUGUCGGUGGUAUCGGCACCCAGCGGCCUUGGUAUCGACGAGAUCAUAACGUGGCUGCACCACCAAAAUACACAAACUCCACUACCGGAAACACACUAAACCACAGGCAAAGAGUUGCUUUGUGGAUCAAGAGAUGCAUCUGACGCAGAGGGGACGGGAGCUCAUGUUGAUUCCCAGACAAGCCUAGCUGACAGACCAAGGUAAAUCUUGUCACACUCACAAGCUUCCUCCCAAUCUCACGACGCGAGCCCUGAGUCGAGAGUCGGCCCUCUGAUUCCUGUGUAGCUGUGUAUAUCCUCUCUACGCCCAGGAUCUAUCUCUGUCUACAGUGCUUGCUCUAUAACUCAUGAUUCUUCAACUCCGUUCCAUCAUCCUGUCGUAUACACCGAGGCCUUCCGCACUAUACAACCUCGGCAUCAUCUGCAACCUGUGAACUCUU